UCUCUGUCUCUCCCUCUUUCUCGCCUCCCGCCCAUCUUCAUCUUCACCUUCUCCUCCCCUCUCCUCCCCCCUGACUAUCGUGAUAAUCUCUCCCGUCCUCUCUUCAGAUGAUCAGUUGACUCUCCUUCUCUCAUCUCUAUCUACACUGUCUCGUGGCUUAUAAUUCCGCCUGACCGCUUCCGCCUAAACUGCCUUUACCCCCCCGAACCUCCGCCCCUCGUUAUUAUUAUUAUUGUCGUCUUCUCCGCAACUCUUUUGCAUUGUUCUCCAUCUCCACCCCAGACUUCCUAUGCAGCGGAGUCUUCAUUAUAAUUUCAAUUGAAGGGUCUAUGAUCCAUCUCUUUGAUCGAUAAUCUUUAAUUUGUUCGUUGUGGUCAUGGAGGGAACCGGCAAGAAUAAGGACACGGAUAAUGCUCCCAUUAGACCUGUGUCCUCCCUCCUCUCACACUUCGAAGGCCUUGCCCACCGUCGAUCCCCCUCCGCGGCUCCGAGCACCCCCCGCGACUCGGUUUCAUUCUUAAAGUCCUCCGAAACUGGCGACGACACCCGCUCCUCCUCUCGUGCCUCUCUCGACCUGUCCCGUCCCCGGUCGCCUUGGGGCCAGGCAGCAGAAUCGCAAAAUGGCCAAAGCCUCGAACACUCGAAUGGCGAUGCCCCGCCGCGACCCAGCCCGCUGCCCGGUCGACGUCAUGAUAGACCCAUGUCCAUAAACUUGCGCUCCUCGCCGCAACUGGGGCCUACUUUAACGGUGGAUUCGCCUCGAUCACCGCCGCACGGGUUUGACCCUGUUCCGGAGCAGGGCGAUGAUAUCAGGUUCUCCCGGAGCCCGCCAAAUGCGUCACGCGAGUCGUUGCCUGCGGGAGCUGUUCCCCAGGUACCCGCCAACCGGCCGACAACGCCUAACUUUCCAUUGCCUGUUCCCGCCGAACAAAAGGUUAGGCACUUGUCGCCGGGAAGUUCGAAUUCUAUUUCUCUUCCACGAGAGGGCUCGGAUCGGAAAACAAAGAGCGUUUCGUUGCCUCCGCCUGUCAACCGCGCCGACAAGCCGAAGAUCCCCAUGAAACCACCAGCCUUGGUGAAACAAGAUACAGGGUCGCUCGCUCCCAGACAGCCACCUUCGUCAGACGAGGCGGUUUCGCCGUUUAAUACGCCGCCGAGUAGUCCUGAGAAGCCAUCGCCGAGCCAACGGCCUACGGCGAGAGCAUCGGUGCUCGGACGCUCGUCUUCUCGUUCUGCGGAGCCCCCUGUUCGCCGCUCAAUGGAUGAAAGGAGAUCGCCAGUUCCAGCUCCACGACCGACGCAAGAUCCGCGCGAACUUGGCUUCUCCCGGAGACGGGCGAUGCCAGAGCCCACGCGUGAUACGAAGCCGCUGAUGGUGCAGAUUCCCCAGGCUCAGUCUUUACCAUCCCAGGAGCCAAUGUCUGGUGUCUCUAUAUCUUCCCAGAAACUUCAAACAAUCAGCGAUAGCCCGUAUGAUCGGCCAGGUCUACCACCUCGCCAUCCUUCAGUUCGCAGAAGUGGUGUCUCUCCAUCUAGACAACGAUAUGCCGAUGGCCCUGCGAAUUCGAUAGCGAGCCCCAGACAUGAGCAAGCAUCGCAAGUACCCUCAGGAAUCCAGACCCCUCGGAUUCAACCUCCUCAGAUGCAGCGACAGCCAUCGUUUUCUCGAGAAAAUAAACCGCCACCAACACCGUCAUACGAACGCGCCCCGCCGCCUCCAACGCCAUCGACAUACGAACGACCAAUUCCACCUACACCUACUCAUGAACGACCACCUCCCACAUCAUCUUAUGAUAGAGCACCGCCACCUCUCCCAGAGAUAGAGACAGAUGAACAAAACAUGGACGAGCCAGCUAUCUCCCGGACCGAUUAUCCUGACUCGUCCAAUGCCAGUAGGCGACCUCCAGUAAUUAAAACUGGACCUAACGAGAUCUGGACGAGAUAUGAUACUCGGCUCAUGGAUGUUUGUGGGAAGUAUGUGUGUACGACUGGGUACUUGACCCGAGUUUGGGAUCUUACGACGGGUGAACAGAUCAUGAGCCUGAGUCAUGGAGAGACUGUCAAAAGUUUGUCUCUCGCAUUCAAGCCCGGGAAAGGACUGGAAGAUGAGGGGCAGCGACUCUGGCUGGGUAUGAGCUCUGGAGAUCUUCACGAAGUCGAUAUUUCUACUCGGUCGAUUAUAACAUCAAGAUCUUACCCUUCACGGCGCGAGGUUGUUAAAAUUCUCCGACACAAGAAGGAAAUGUGGACAGUAGAUGAUGAGGGUCGUUUGCUUGUAUGGCCGCCGGAUGAAACUGGAACACCGAACCUCCAGUAUAGUUACCAUAAUCCUUACGACCGCGUUGCACGGAACCAGACAUUCUCCAUGGUUGUUAAGGAUAAACUUUGGCUGGCUGCUGGCAAAGAAGUGCAUGUCUAUCGCCCGAAUGCACGUGAUGAUACUUCUUUCAAGGUCCUCAAAAGACCUCUUGGGCUGCAGCACUCCGGGGAUGUAACUUCCGGUGCAUACACUUCCAAGGAUGGCGGCCGAGUAUACCUGGGCCAUGCGGACGGCAAGGUCACCGUUUAUUCCGCAGUGGACUAUGCAUGCCUGGCGGUCAUCAAUGUAAGCGUUUACAAGAUCAAUUGCCUUGGUAUUGUUGGCGAUUAUCUGUGGGCGGCUUACAAGACCGGUAUGAUCUAUGUAUAUGACACGACCACGAACCCGUGGACUGUGAAGAAGGAUUGGCGGGCACACGAUAGCCCGGUUUGUAGCUUUUUACUGGACACCAGCAGUGUGUGGACCAUGAAUCGUCUGCAAGUUACCUCCCUAGGAACCGACAAUUGUAUCCGUCUUUGGGAUGGUAUGUUGGAGGAUGAUUGGUUGGAAAUGCGGAUGCAGCACAGAGACGUGGAGUGGUGUAAAUUCCGUGAGAUCCACACUGUUAUUAUGACGUGGAAUGCCGGUGCUUCAACCCCAGGCAGCGUUCGUACGUCAAACUUCAUCCAAGAUGCAAUUCAUCCAGAGAACCCGCCCGAGGUUUUGGUGUUUGGAUUCCAGGAGCUUGUUGAUUUGGAGAACAAGAAAAUCACAGCCAAGAGCCUGCUUAUGAGCAGCAAAAAGAAGGAAAAGAAGGAACAUGGCGAGAAGGAGCAUAUGAGUCGCCAGUACCGAGUGUGGAUUGAGCACCUUACUCAAUGCAUCAACGACUGUAUGCCACUUGAAGAGUCCUACGUCCUGCUGCACACAUCAAAUAUGGUUGGCCUUUUCACCUGUAUCUUUGUCAAACACAAGGAGCGCCAUAGAAUCAAGAACGUCAACGCUGCUGAAGUGAAGCGAGGAAUGGGUGGAUUGCAUGGAAAUAAGGGUGCUCUCCUUCUUCGUUUUGUGCUCGAUGACAGUUCUCUCUGCUUCGUGAAUUGCCAUCUAGCAGCCGGACAGACUCAAACAGCACACCGUAAUAACGAUAUUGCGGCAAUUCUAGAGGCCGAGCCUUUCCCGGCCGAAAACAACCUUCUGGCCCGUUCGGAUAACUUUGUGAGCGGCGGAGACGGGUCAAUGAUCAUGGACCACGAGGUUUGUAUCUUAAACGGCGACUUCAACUACCGCAUCGACUCAAUUCCUCGGAACGUUAUCAUCGACGCGGUCAAAAACAACAAUCUACCCAAGCUGCUAGAGCGCGAUCAAUUGCUUGCAUCGAAACGGAAGAACCCAGGUUUCCGUCUCCGGGCCUUCAAUGAGGCCCCGAUUUUGUUUGCCCCAACUUACAAAUACGAUGUCGGGACAGAUAAUUAUGACUCGAGUGAAAAGAAGCGCUCUCCUGCAUGGUGUGACCGGGUACUCUACCGGGGCUUGGGACGAAUCAAGCAAUUAGAGUACCGACGACAUGAAGUUCGAGCGUCAGACCACCGACCCGUGAGCGCAUCAUUCAAGGUCCGUAUCAAGACCGUGGCGCCUCAAGAACGAGCCGUGGCCUGGGAGAAAUGCCAACAGGAAUUCCAAAAGGAAAAGCGGAGGUUGGCCUCAGAUGCCAGCAUCGAAUACCUUAUCAACGUCCUCGGGACAGAUCCGAAUCAAGCACGAGCAUUAAUCCUAGGAAACGGCCAGUAAUAAAUUUACACCUAUUCUACAUUUCCUGCAUUAAUUUUCAAAACACCCAUCCCGUUGGCCCGCGAAGCAAAGCAUAAAAGUUGAAUGUGAUAUUUUGGAAGGCGAAAGGGAAAAGAACACGAAACCCCCGAGCCGAACUAAGAGAGCGAGCGAGAAAGAGAAGAGA